UUGUUUUGCAGGGCUUAUAAAGUAGAUCAGGAUCAGGAACAAAUUCCUGCUGUGGGAGCUGUGGCUCCUAAUGAUGUGUUUGGAAAACAGCUUCAGAAUGCUCAUCUUGACUCGGACGAUGUAAUCUAUCCUCAUCUGAACACGAAUGGGAAAUUUAUCCCACAUCGUCGAAUUGUACAUUUAGAUCUUAAAGGAGGCGCUUUUAAGCCUGAAUUUUUUACGGAAAUGUUCUUCUAUUUUAAUCGCAUAAAAGCGACGGGUGUUCUGAUUGAGUGGGAGGAUAUGUUCCCUUAUACGGGAAGUCUAUCAGAAGCUGUAAAUGGCAACGCAUACUCCUUAGAGGACGUAGAGAACAUCUUAAAAGAAGCGAAACGACAUCGUCUUGAAGUCAUUCCUCUUGUUCAAACAUUUGGUCAUCUUGAGUGGAUUUUGAAACUAGAGAAAUUUGCUCAUCUGAGAGAAGACUCGAGGUUUCCUCAGGUCAUAUGUUUUCCUGAACCAGAAGCAUGGGGUUUGAUAACGGAUAUGAUUGACCAAGUUGCUGCUGUACAUAGAAAAUAUGGAAUGACUUUCUUUCACAUGGGUGCUGACGAAGCUUUCCAGGUGGGAAUUUGCAACGCCAGUAUGGUUGAAAUGGGACGACAAGGGUCACGCGACCGUUUGAUGCUUUGGCAUAUAUCCAGGACUGCCAGAUACAUUAAAGAAAAGUACUCUACAACUGUGCUCGCAUGGCACGACAUGUUUGGGCAUGCUAUGGAAUUUGAUCUGGCUGCUUAUCAUAUGACAGAUGUUCUGGAACCCGUACUUUGGAGUUACGCUGAGGAUUUGGAUUUGUACUUACCGAAAACAACUUGGUUGAGUUUAAAGCCCUUUCGCAAAGUUUGGGGCAGCUCUGCGUGGAAAGGUGCAGAUGGGCCUGCUCGGUUCAAUUCCAAUCCUGUGCAUUACAUUCGAAACCAUGAGGCAUGGGUGGAGCAGCUUUCACGAAAUUAUCACGAGUUUGAAAUGAUGCAAGGACUUAUUCUGGCUGGUUGGUCUCGUUAUGACCACUUAGCCAUUCUUUGUGAAUUAGCUCCCAUCGCUUUGCCAACACUUGCGAUGUCCAUGGAAACUAUACUGGAGGGAAGACCACUUCAAGGCAAUUACCCACUUUCUAGAAACAUACUACAGUGUACUCCUUCAACAGCGAUGGGUAUCACAUAUGGUUGCCAAUUCCCUGGCUAUAAAGUAUACGAGUUAGUCAACGAAUUUUGGCAGCGGAAAAAACAACUACAGCAGUAUCGUGAAGAUGACUUUGAACUAAACGGGUGGCUGUCUAGAGUAGCUGAUGUGUUCAUGAGUAGCAGUCAGUGGUACAUUGAAAAAAUUGAGCCACUACUUGAGUAUCAUGCAAAACCGAUUCUCCGUCUCGAGAAAGAUUUACGGAUUGAGCUUUCACGAAUUUAUUAUCAGGAAACCGUUGACGAGUUCAUCUUUACUUAUAUGACAGAUGAUAUUGAAUGGGUACGACGGAAACUGAACGCAGCUCAAAAAAUCCUGAAAGCAGAACAUUUCCCGAAACGGCCAUUCGUACGUUUAAAGUCAACUGAUGAACUUUAA